CGGGAGCCGGUCGCCAUGGCGACGGCGGGGGGCGCCCCGUCGGGGCAGCGGGCGGCGGAGGAGAGCGGGGCCGGGCCGCGCCCCGCCGCCCGGCACCGGCUGCUGGAGAACCAGCCGUACGACGAGAGCCUGGACCUGCCGCAGGCCGACGAGCCGGGCGGCGCGGCGGGGAGCGCGAGCCCCCCGCGGGGCUCCCGCCGGCCGGGGCUGCCCCGCUCGGCCGGCGGCGCCCAGGACAGCGGCGGAGGCGGCGAGGACGCGGCGGCCCGGCCCGCCUUCCCCGCCGCCCUCAGCGAGGACGACGACGAGGACUCGGAGGACUCCUCCGGCAGCGACUCGGAGGACGACUCGGAGGAGCACGGAGCCCCGGCGGACGGUGACUACAAUCUAGCCGAUUAUGACUACCUGCCAGUAUCUCCUGAAAUUAAAGAACUCUUUGAAUACAUAAGGAGGUACACUCCAAAAACAAUAGAGAUUGAGCACAAACUGCAGCCUUUUAUUCCAGACUUUAUUCCUGCUGUUGGAGACAUUGAUGCAUUUCUAAAGGUCCCACGUCCAGAUGGCAAGCCUGAUAACCUCGGCUUACUGGUCCUAGAUGAGCCAUCAACGAAGCAGUCAGAUCCCACAGUGCUUUCUCUUUGGCUAACGGAGAAUUCCAAACAGCACAACAUCACACAGCAGAUAAAAGUGAAGAGUGUGGAAAAUGCAGAAAAGAACCCCAAAGCCAUUGACAGCUGGAUUGAAAGUAUCAGCGAACUACACCGCUGCAAACCUCCGGCCACUGUCCACUAUACCCGGCCCAUGCCUGACAUAGAGACCCUCAUGCAGGAGUGGUCACCAGAAUUUGAGGCGCUCUUGGGAAAGGUGGGCCUCCCAACUGCAGAGAUGAACUGUGACCUGGCUGAAUAUGUUGACAUGAUAUGUGCCAUUCUGGACAUCCCUGUGUACAAGAGUCGGAUCCAGCCUCUGCAUGUACUUUUCUUGCUCUACUCGGAGUUCAAGAACUCACAACAUUUCAAGCCUAUGGCUGAAGGGAAGAAGGCUAGGAGCUCUCUAUCCACACCUUCACAAGCAGCAGAAGUGGAAGUAUUAAGCUUUACUUGAAGCUUUGCAUUAAACCUUCAUCUCUUGGAUCAAGAUCUGCUGCUGGACAUAGAGUUUUGACCAAAGGAACCUGUGAAGCAACACAACAUUUCAGAAGCCUCCCUUAUUUUAUAGAUACUGCAGAGCUGUUCUGCAUUCCUAGAGUAGAUUUUUAGUCUUCACAUUUAUAGCAGAUGCUAAUACCUCCAUUUUGACUUGUCUCCAGGGCGUACAGCAUUAAAAUCUCUUCCAAUGACAAA